UGGCCGGAAGGGGCCUCUCCCUCUCCUCCCCGCACAUUUCCUCAGCGUCCGUCCCCGCCCGCCACCGGCCCCUCGCUAAGGAGGCCUCACGCACAGCGGUGUCCUGUCCAGGGAGAGCGGGCCGAAAGCGCACGGGGGACACCGCCACCUCCGGCGCGACACCCGACGCCCUCCGCGCGGGGCUCGGGAGAUCGAGGAACCAAGAGAAACCUGCACUACGGUCCCGAGAUCUCGCGAGACUUGGCAGGCCGGGCCCCCCCCCCCCCCCCCCCGCGGCGCUGGCCUGCCGGAAGCGGAAGUCGGCCUGUGGCCCGAGUGGCUCCGUUACCUUGGAGAGCUGAAGUAGUGGGAGAUUCCGUGGCCGAGCUGUGGGCCGGAGAUCGAAACAACACAAACAUUAGACAGUACAACUGCCUCAAAGUGCUGGGGAUGACAGACGCUUCUGAAGCUGUUCCAAAUUUUGAAGAGAUGUUCGCCAGUAGAUUCACAGAAGAUGACCAAGAAUACCAGGAAUACCUGAAGCGCCCUCCUGAGUCCCCUCCGAUCGUCGAGGAGUGGACUAGCAGAGCCGCUGGGAACCAGAGAAAUAGAGGCAAUCGGUUGCAAGAUAACAGACAGUUUAGAGGUAGGGAUAGCAGACGGGGGUGGCCCAGUGACAAUCGAUCAAAUCAGUGGCAUGGACGAUCCUGGGGUAACAAUUACCCGCAGCACAGACAAGAACCUUACUACCCCCACCAGUACGGACACUAUGGUUACAACCAACGGCCUCCCUAUGGUUACUACUGAUGGAAACGGCAGCAGCUUUUAGUAAAACCAUUACUCUGUUAACGUGACAAAAGUUUGUAUCUUCUGUUGGUCAUAGUUUUACGUUUGAUUUCAGAGAGUGGAUUAUUAACUUUUUGGCACUUCUGACUUUUUUUUUUUUUAAUGAGAUCUUACCAGAGACAUUAUGGUUGCUGGGAAUAAGUAUGCCUCUAAAAAGGUUGUAGAUUUAUUACCUGACUUCUACCUCAGAUUUCUUCUUUGUUUCAUGACUUAACAGUCUUUGAACUUGCUGUGUGUUUUCUUUGUUUGACCUCCAGGAGUUCUGUCUUUGUUUUACACAGAAAUAAAAAUUUUAAAGUAGAAAA